GUAACUUAAGUAUAAAAAGCGUUUAUUAUUUGUAAACAAACAGUCUACAAGUUCUAGAUGUAUGAAAUUGUUUCUCUUUUUUUAGACAAAUAUAUGAUUUGUUAAAUAUUGGAAAUAAAUACGCUUAUAUUGUGAUCAGCUGUGUAACUGGAAGAUCUUAGGGAAACGCUCUUUAAUUUUGUAUGACAGAAACAGACUUCACAGCGACAUGUAGUGAUUAACUAUAUAAUAUUUUAUUUUCCAAAAUUUAUUCACAAGAAAAGGAAUAUUAUUAAUUUUCUCUUGUCAGUAUGAAAUCUGUACAGAAGAUUAUCACACCCUUGCAAUCUCACUUCCGGUCAUCACUUAGAAGGACAUCUACAAUUGCUUCCACCACUGCGGCUUUCCCCCAAACAGAUGGCGGCAAUGUUAAAACUUUCAGUGAACUUCCAGGACCAACUGGACUACAUGAUAUACCAUAUUUGGGCAUGGCUUUGAAUUUCAAACCAUUCACAAAAUAUGAAAUAUUGGAUGAUUUUAUCGAGGUUAUGAUAUCUUUUCGGGAGAAAUAUGGCGACAUUUUCAAAGUACGAGCUGGUAACAGGCAUGUUCUAAACGUAUGCCAUCCAGAUAUUGCAGACCAGGUUUUCCGACUGCCAUAUAAGGAGAACCAUCGACACUUCCCUGGUAUGAUAGAAGCUUUCUAUAAAUAUAAUGACAUACCACGGUCCUUAGGUAUGAGGAGUGGUAAAGAUUGGGCUAAGCUUAGAAUGCCUUCAAACGAACAUCUAUUAAAGCCGAAAGCAAUGGCGAAUUUCACUCCACUACUUGAAAGAGUUGCUAAUGAUUUCAUAGACAAUCUGAAAACAGAACUCCAAAUUAAUGAUGCAGUUCGGGAAAUUUCGAAAUACGCAUAUGAAUGCGUUGGUAUAGCAUCAUUCAACAAAAGAUAUGGUUGUUUAAAUGACAGUUCCCAGGAUGAAAUGUUAGGUUUAUUGAACACUAUUUUGAAGACAUUACAAACAGCAUAUCUAAUGCCAUUUGAUAUAAACCGAUAUUAUAAAACCAAAACGUACAGAGAAUUUGAGCAAACCUUUUUACAGUUACAAGAAUUCUUAAAGAAAAAUAUGGAAGAACAAAUCUUACGUCUUAAUACAAUGAGAGAUGAAGGCACAUUAAUGGAUUACUUACAAGAUGAAUAUAAUUUGAUUUAUGCAAUGUUAUCAGAUGGAAAACUGUCUGCUGAAGAAAUUGUUACACUGAUAAGUGACCUUCACACUGGAGCGGUUGAAGGACUAGGCAAUGGAAUUACAUUUAUAUUGUGCGAUCUAGCUCUUAAUCCUGACAAACAAGAUACUCUCUAUAAAGAAAUUACUCAGAUAGCUGGUGACCAAUCAGUGAUAGGCAUUGACGCUCUACAAAAGAUGUCUUAUCUUCAGGCUUGUAUAAAGGAAUCUCAGAGAAUAACCGCUCCUUUUCCUGGCAUGUUGAGGAUACCCGAAACAGACGUUAUCAUUGCUGGAUACCGAAUACCCAAAGGGACUAAUAUCAAUAUCAAUCAUAAAAUGAUGAGUUUAGAUGAACGUUUUUUCCCACAUCCUACAAAAUUCCUUCCGGAAAGAUGGACGAGAGAUGGCAACACAGAUGUUAUUGAUAAAGGAUACCAAAACUUUCCUAAUGUUAUUGUAAAACCUUUUGGAUUUGGAGUAAGAAGCUGUGCAGGAGUAAGGGUGGCAAAACCAGCCAUGAUGCUCUCUGUGGCUAAAAUUAUACAAAAUUUUGAAGUUUCUUUGCCAAAUGGGGAAAAAGAAAUUAAGACAACACGGCUUCUGUUUCCUACACCAAAAGAGCCGGUGAAUUUGUGCCUUAAACCCAGACAAUCAAGUUAUUCUAGUUAGGACUUAUCCACAUAUCAUGUAGCUUAACCAAAAUGUAUGUAUUCCGUCUGCAUUGACGUAGCUGCCUACUUUGAUAGCUUACUUGGCAUAGGAAUGGUUAGUUCUCAUGUUAAUUUGUAUGUUUGUAUCUGGAAUUUAGAUACUCGGACAUCAGCAUACGAAUUCUUAGUUCGUGUUAAAUACAAUACUAAAAAAAAUAGUCUCAGUCUUUGGGAAGAAAUUAAAACAAACCUGAAAUUGUGCUUAGCAAAUAUAAUAGCCCUUUUCAUUUUGUAUGUUGAACUUGACAACAACUUACAAUUGCAUAGUUCUUCGUAUUUAAUCUUUUAUCCAGAUAUACUAUCAGUUGUCGCUAUUUAUUUAGCUCUUUAACACUUUAAUAUAUUUUUUUCAAUAUGCGAGAAGGGGAACAGAUAUUCUGUAUCUUUGUUUACUCAUGAUCUAUAUGAAGUUUUGUUGAAUUUGUUAAAAUUAUUCUCCCUUAGUUGGAUCUUUGAUUACUGAAUUUUGUAUACCAACAUAUACUCGUAUUUCCUUUAUCUCGUUGCAAACACUUAUUUGGCGGAAUGUGAUAUUGUACAGAGAAAAAAAUCACACACAUACUAGUAUUCAAAUAGGAAACAUUUUGAUUUGGCAGCUAAAACGUUACACACACACACAUAGUAAUGGUAUGGGAAUUAUAUGAAUUCUUCAUUCUUCUAAUGAACUUUCAUUAUUGUAUUAUUUAUAUCUUGUACUAUUAUAUAUCAUUUGUUAAAAUACAUCGGUUCAAGUUUGUACUGAUUAGCUUAGGCACAUUUAUAAAUAUUACAUUUCAAAUACUACAAAACCAUUUGAAUACUUAUGAUAUGGUUGCUUUGAAUAUUUCACGGUUGCAUCUAAUGAUAUUUUUAUUGAUGUAGUUUUUUUAGAAUGCUAAUGCUGUUAUGUUGUUUUGUUAUAAUAUCCAUUGUUAUUUACUUGUUGUUUUUAUUGUUGUUGUUGAUUGUUGAUAUACAUUUUUGGAAAUCUGACCCGGUCAUAAACUGGAGCUUGCAAGUUUCGUAUUUCGUAAAGAUGUCAAGCUGAUAGUUUAUGGGAAUUUGUUAUUACCGUGUGGUAAAUGAGAGAAAAAAUGCUAAUAAUUUGUUAUUGGAUUAUUUGAAUUGUGAAAUGUAGGGGCAAAAUUCUUCAUUUUAGAAGAAGACCCUUACCGUUUCGAAAACAUUAGAUGUUUUUUUAUAAAAAUAUCAACUAAUAUCAAUAUGAAACGUAAAAAUGUGGAAAAUUUAAUAUUGUUUUAGUGACUCGAAAAUCCCGUCUAGUAUAUAUUUAUUACCAACCUUAUUAUGUUGCUGUUGUUUAUUCAAAAGCAAUACCAAUUAAUUGAAUUCAACUAGUGAAUGUAACAUUAAAAUUUCUUUGUAUUCAUUCUAAUUGUACUGAUAAAUAAUUAAGUUUGAAGGAAAAAGAAAAUGAGAAAUAUAACAUGCACUAAUAUGUAUCUUGAAACAUCAUACAUGUAAAAAUCUUCAGAAGCAAAAGAUUUCAGAAUAAUUAAAUUAUUAGUCUUGUUUUCUAUGUUUAUCAGAUAAUCCGGCUGUACAUACAUGUCUUUGUUAAUCAAAAAAGUUUACUACACCCGGUGUGACCUGUUUAAAGAUUUAUACUGAUAUAUAUAUAUUUAUUUAUGUAGAAAAAUUUGUUAUUUUUUAUACAUAAAAUAUCGCAAACUACAAAUGAAAUUUGUUGUUUAAA